AUGGAUGUGAUUAUUAAAUCGCUGAAAAUGGAUGUAACGAAAAUUAAUAAAAGCGGAAAGAUAAUAGAAGAAAUCACUUCGAAGCCUCGUCAGAUAAACCGCUACAACCAUGCAAACAGAUUUCGUGUUUGUGUCAAUGGUUACGAAUUAGACAUGUCGAAAGCUAUUGAAAAAGUAUAUAAGUUUGAACUGAAAAUCUACGGUAUAAAAAGUGAUGCAAAAGAAAAAGAACUUCACCGCGGUCCGAAAAAUGAUGUGGCUGUUGCUCUUCGCCAUAGAGUUCUGUGGUCCAUUUAUCAGCAGUUGCUGAAAAGCUAUGAAGAUAUUUUUGGUAACGAUUUGAAAAAAUAUUUCUAUGAUUGCGGAAUUAAUUUCUAUUCUGUAAAUAAACUUUAUGAUCGUUCCGAAGGCGAGAAGGAAUUCAAGAUCAGUGUCGAAUUGUUGCCCCAAGAAACACGAGAAUUUUUGAGUAAACGAAUUAUUGGAUUGGUUGCUCGCUUGCUACCAUGUGAAGAAAUCAACUUGCAUCAGACUACAGCUGUUUCUGCGGAUCUAUGUGCUCGAGAACGAUCACUUCAGCAAUUUUUGGAAAUAGCUACUUCACAAAUGAUGCUUCAUGAACAGAGUCAUUUAAUUUUUCGGAAUAAGGCAUAUGAUUGCCCCAGUGACCAUGAUAUUGGAGUUAGUGGUGGUAAAGUUUUGACCGCAGGUAUGGAAAAAAACGUGCGUUUCGUUGGUAACUCAUGGGAGCAGGCAAUGCCUGUCGUGCAAAUUGACGCAAGGAAAGCAGCGUUUUUCAAAAAGCAACCCUUGGUGGAACUUGUCGGCACGUUAUGCAAUCGAGCACAUCCGAAAAUGCUUAUCGAAGACGCUAAGUUGAGAGCACGAGUUGCACGGCAGUUGAAAGAUCUUGUUGUACGUACAACUCAUUUGGAAACUCAACGACUUUUCUGUAUUUUUGGUAUGACAGCUGCAACUGCAGAUAGAUUGGUUAUUCCGGUCAACAAUCAGGAUACAACUGUGGCGGCCUACAUGUUGUAUAAGUACCAACGUAGAUUACGUUAUCCGGGUUUGCCUUGUAUAAUUGAGCGACGCGUUGGUGGCAAAGACAAACUUCCACACAACAGUUUUCAUCCUAUGGAGUUCUUGGAAGUUGUCGGAGGACAACGUGUUGACACUAAAAAGCAGACACCGGAAUUAGUUGAUGACCUCAUCCAAAAUUGUCGUCUUUUACCCAUGAACUUGAAGAAUGAAAAUGAACAUCGACGUUGCCGAGCGCAAAUUACUAAUGAAAAUCCAUAUCUUCACAGUCUGGGAAUCCACGUCAUUAGUACUCCACGUGCAGGAGAUGCUGUUGUGCAAUUCCCUCCAGCAAUUGUUUAUAAAAAUAGCAAAGUUGAACCGAGCCCAAGUGGUGACCUUGAUUGGCGUCUUUCAGUCCCUCGUGGCAUGCAGAAUAAAAUUUUUUUUAAACCUGCAACUGCUCCUCGUCGUUGGGUUGUUUUUAUGUUUCACAACGCUUCAGACCAACAAUCUGCAGAUCGCUUCAUCGCUGCAUUUGUCAAUCGUUCUCGUGAUCAUGGUAUACAAAUGCCGAAUCCAUCACGUUCCGAAGAGUAUGACCGCACUGAUAUGGAUUUCCUCAUUGAGAAGAUUGAAUUUAUGCGUAGGAAUGGAGUAGAGUAUAUUCUGUUCAUCACAAAAGAUAGAUAUGACCCUGUGCAUGAUGCAAUGAAACUGACAGAAAUUAAAUGCGGUGUGGUAACGCAGCAUAUUUGUUCUAGUACUCUCUUUAAAGCAAUCAGCAAUCGUGGUGCUGAAAUGACGCUGGAUAACUUAGUCAUGAAAAUGAAUCUAAAGCUUGGUGGUAUAAAUCAUGCUCUUACCUCAUCUGCUGCUUUCCUGAGCAAAAAUCGUCUUACCAACAAUGUCAUGGAUAUGGAGUGGCUGCGGCAUUCUAGAAUGUUUUUUGGUCUCGACAUGUCACAUGCAGCACCGCAGUCACUCUAUGAACGACAGGCUCAGGUUCCACCCAGCGAACCAACUAUUGUUGCUAUGACGUUCUCAUGUGGCGAACCAUUUGCAAUGCAGGGUGAAUACUGGAUGCAGGAGCCGCGCCUUCAUGUUGUUAAAUUCUUGAAAGAACAUGUCGAAAGAGCAGUUAGGUCGUUCAGAAAUACAUCGAAGGCGAAAUGUUUACCGGAACAUGUCGUUGUAUUUCGUAGUGGUGUUUCGGAAGGAGAGUAUGCAAAGAUCAUUAAUGAGGAGGGUAGACAGUUUCGUGAAGCUUUUAUUGCGGCAGCUGAUGGUCAUGCGGAACGCGUUCGUCUUACAAUUGUUGUCAUGCAGGCGCAUUCAAAUUAUCGCAUUUACCCAGAGCAUAUUCAACAGGGAAGUGCCUCUCAGCAAAAUGUCCCACCUGGUACAAUUAUAGAUGUGGAUGUUGUUCAUCCAACCCACACGGAGUUCAUUAUUGUUCCUCAUAAAUCUAUCAUGGGUACUGCACGUCCUGUGCGUGCCACAGUUCUAAUUGAUGACGAACCUCGUAUGUCAAUGGAUGAAUUAGAAGGCGUAACAAAUGCUCUGUGUUAUGCCCAUGGUAUUGUCACUUCACCAAUAUCUUUACCGGCGCAUCUUUAUGCUGCUGCUGAUCUCGCUAAAAGAGGACGAAAUAAUUUUAAGACUGAACAAAAUGUUAUCGAUGAUAACGGUUCAACAUCGAGUGAUAGUGACGGAAGAGGUCAUUUUACGAACGAUGGUUCGGAGGAUUACUUCCCGAUGAUGUCUGCAGAACUAGCCAAUAAAUUGAAAUAUAAGUUUUGGGCCUGA